UUAGGAGGUGUAAAACUUGAAACGAUAAACACAAUCCUUUUUCCAUUCAGUUUCAGCAAGAACAAGGAAAAUGACAUGAGAAGUCACUAAAUGAGAAAUGACUAUGGGGGAAAACAACAAAGCUAUGUAUGGGAAGAUGAUCUUGGAUGUGGUCAUUGGUCCUUUAUUAGAAAGUUUAGAAAAGAAAGACAAAUCAUCAGCACAGACAUUACGAGCUUCUUUUUCAAAGGUUGACACAACUGUGCCUGGAUUUGUCCAUGAUUUCUUGAGGGGUAUCCUGAAGAAAGCAGACAUCCAAGACCACUUUGAUAUAUGUGAAACGCUGCUAAGAUUAGGUGAUGCACAAGGAUAUGAUGAAAUAUCAAACGACGAAUUGACAGCAUCCAAAACCACACCAAGCGGCGCUGCUAUGCAUCCAUCCAGUAAAGAACUAAGAUUGCUCAGACCAGAACCAUCAUUCCAAGAACUAAACAGAUGUGCCACAAACCUUAAAACCAUAUUAAGUCGCAUUCCAAUUCAAAUUGAUGACCGAAAACAAUUCCUAGAGACUAUAAAAGAAAUUGCAGGUUCCAUAAAACAUUUAUUAGAUGCCUUCAAUAAAGUAAUAGCUGAAAUACCUGGUGGUGAUAAUGGAAGUAAACAGAUUUUAGAAGAUAGGAAAAAAGAAUUUGUACGAUAUUCUAAGAAGUUUAGCAAUAUGCUAAAGGCCUUCUUCAGAGAUGGCAGCCAAAGACAGAGUGUAUUUCUGAGUGCUAAUUACUUGAUCUUCCAGACCAAUGUCAUUUUAAGAACUGUGAAACAAGAAACAGAGAGAGAAUGAAUCUCAAACCAAACAAGCAUCAGCUAGAUGUCUGUUGUAUAAACAUUUAUUAUGAUUUAUUUUAGCAAAACCUUUCUUUCAUUUGUGUGAGGGAAUUAUUUAAUAGUAGGCUACGAACAUAUAAACAACUGGAAAAUGUUUGUGGCAGUUUUAUUUUCCACCAUUUUCAUAGCAAAUCAAAUUGAAUUAAAUUAUUAAAAUUUUAACAUAUUUGAGAUAUUAUACAUGUAUAAAUGUGUAAAAGGCUACAAAAAUUAAUUUUAUGUGACAACUCUUAAUUAUUUAACAUUUUCAAACAAGUGCUUUUACAGUUCAAAUGUGUCAAUUAUGUUAAAUUGUUGGAAGAACAAAAUAAUUGAACAAAAAUUGGACCCAACAACCCUACUUUUUUUUAGCAUGUUAUUUAUUGGGAAAGUAGAUACUAUUGUUUAUUUAGAAUACAUUUACAAAUUUUGUAAAAAUCGCCAUUUAGUGCUUGAUUACUAUAGAAAAUUUUUUUUUUUGUCUAUAAAACUUAAACACCACCCGACUUAAGGGGAAGCUAAUACUAUCGUGAUCAGCUUCAAAAUUUUAGAAUAGAAGAUAAAUGUUUGCCUUUAGAAUUUAUAUUUGACAAAUGGUUUAUUGAUUAAUUAAAAAAGAGAAACAUAUAGAUUUUAGUUUGUAAUGAACCUGACAAUAGUUUUUGUCAUCUUCCUUCACCAAAAGCUUAUAGGUUUUGCAUGAUAAAAAUACACUUAGUGUAUUAAGAAGUUUUAGAUAUUAGGCCAAGUGAAAUAAUAAUCAUACAUUUGGUUUCUUACUGAAAUAAAUUUAAGGUGAUAGAUUUAAAAAAUAAGAUCUUGUAUAAUUUUAUUUUACAUCUAAUUAAUAGGACUUCAUUGUCAGCUAAACUAUGCAUGUUAAAAAUGUUUUUAAAAAAUUCUUCAUAAGAGGGAUAAAAAGAAUUUUAGUUAGGAUAGGGAAUUGUAUCUAUUAAUUUAUUUGGCCUAAGAUGAAAUACCUCACUUGUUUGAAGGUCCCUUAUUUGGUUAUAAAAAUGAAAUUGGGACACUGAGAUUAAUGCUUUUGCCCAUGCUUAUACAGGAGAUGAUAUGAUAAGGCCACUUUUGGACCCCUUGACUAGAAUAAAAAAUUCAAUGUAUUAUAAAUCAUUGAAUUACUUUUUCAAAUAUUAAAUAGAAAUAUGUCUCAGGUAUCAGUAAUAAAAUGUAUUUGAAUUUUUAAUUGCACAACAUUUUUUAAGGUCUUGAACUUCUUGCAUUUAUAGAUGAACUGCAAAUACCUGUCGAAAUAGCCUCAUUUUCAGAUCUUAUUCAUUUGAGAUAAAAGUAAGAAUCUUACCCGAAAAGAUAAUUAACCCAAGGUGUCUUGUGUAAAGCUGUUGAUGUAAGUUAAUUACUUAGUAAAAUGACAAUUUUUAGUCAAAUACUGAUGUCACAGAUGACAUUUCUGCACUCAAAGGACCAGACUAUAUUAUCCCAUACAUUUACCAAUAAAAUAUGCAUACUUUUUUUUAAGAGAUUGAAGUAUCUAAUUUUGCAAAUUCAAAUGGAAAAUAAUGGCUCUUAUCAUACCUUCUCCUUCCUUUUAAAUGUAAACAAUAGUCAUAAUGUUCUUGCCUAGAAUAGAUUAAGCAUGCUUGAAGCAUAAAUCUUUUCAUAUAAAAUAUUUAUAUAGACAUAAUUUAUGAUUGUUUUACUAUAUCUCUAGUAACAGACAAGCUGCUGGAAGAAAAGAAUCCUUUAGUAUUUAUCCGGUAUUUGUCAUAACUGAAAUAAAUUUUCUGAAGUUGAGAUGUUUUUUUACAAUAUCCAAUUAUUAAAAUUUUGAAUAGUCCCAGAUAUCUUCGAACUAACUUUGUAAAUAGAUCUUUCUCAGCUUUCUUAUACUCUUAACUGUAACAGCUGUUUUUUUAAUAGAAAUAUCAUAUAUUUGGAAAGAAUAAUAAACCAGAUUUUCUUUAAAACUGUAGUUCGGGCACUCUGAAGUAAUUCUAGACAUUGGCUUUUCCACCAGCAAACAAAUUUUGCAACUAAAUAUAUUUAAAAGCAGAUAGAAUAGGGGAAAUGCACCACUGUAUUGCUGCAUAUAGUAUAUAAAGAAAACUUGUACAUGCUGAAAUAGGAUUUUGUUUAAAUUGAAGACUUGAAUCAAAUAAAAUUUGUUGAGGACCCUAACAGGAAGGUAGUAUUACAUACAACCAGAUCAGAAGUUCAUACAUGUUUUCUAUGGACCAAAGGCUGGUUGUAAGUGAUAAAGGCCUUUUUGAAGUAUUUCCAAAGAGAACACCAUAGCCUUUCUUGUACUUGUAUUUUUUUUGUAUUUUAUUAUAUUGGAUAGACAAAAUUUCAUACUGUGUGAACUAAAUAAUGGAUUGGUCUCUUUUUUAAAUAGCUAUGGUCUUGCCAAAGUUUAUUUUUGGGCAGAAUAAAAAACCUUUGGCUUCUCAGGUCCUCCCUCAUCUACUCAAUAUCUACCUCAUUAACAAUUUUUAUCUUUUGACAAAAAAUCAAGAGUCCAAGAACUAUUAAUUUCUAUAAAUAUCAGAUAUUCUGAUAUAAUAUUUGGUGAAAAGUAUCUCCCUGCUUCUGACAUGAAAUUUUGAAAACUUGAGAAGCUGUCAAUGGAUUUAUUGAUUGUGGCCUUAUUAAAUUUAGGUUUGUUUUUGCUGAUAUUGAAGACUUUAUAUUCUGAUCGUGCUAAUAAUGAGUCCUAAUCUCUAUUGGUGAACAUUCCAUCAUGAUACAAAUGGCAAAUUUAUGUUAUUUAUUUUUCUCUUUAAGAUUCACAUUGUAUUAAAUAUGUAUUUAACACUACUUGUCCCAUUUGAUAUGUGUAAUUUUGUCUCAGUUUUGUCUGUUUUUUUUUGUGUAUUUUUGAAGUAACUAUGGUUUAUUAUUCCAUAAUUUUAUCAAUUGAGAGUUGUCUCCCAUCUCAAAUAUUUUUCCAAGAUCUGUUUCUCUUUUGGGGUUAGUAUUUCAUGUUUAUAGUGGGAUAAUUGGUUACUAUGGCAAAAGAACAAAUUUAAGAUAAAGUUAGAAAUAGUAAUAGAGAUUAUUACAUCAUAAAAUUAAAGAUAUGAAAACAUCAGUAGACUUUGAAAUAUAAUGAAAAAAAAAAUCAAUGUGAAAACAAAAAUAAAUUAUCCUAUUGAUUUUAUUCAAGUUUGAUAGAAAAUAUUUGACCAAAAUAGAAGCAUUUUACACUUAAGUUACUCUAAAAGGGAAUGUAAAGGCUAAUUUUCAUUUCAUUUGAUUUAGAAUUGUUUUUAGUGUUUUUGAGUUUCCAACAUGACAUGGCAAUUUUAAAGUAAAAAAGGAAUGAUUUGAAUAACUAUACAGUUAAUUUUUUUUAUGUUAACCAGUUUGUUUCUUUAAUAGGUGCCAGUAUACUGUAUACACAGUUCUUUUAUUGUUUUGAUGUGUUUAUUAUUUAACUGAUAACUAAUUUAAUUGUUUCUUAAUACACUUCUAUAAUUUACAAAGUUUUUGUCUUGAGGUGUAAGAUAUAAAGAAUGAAACUUUUGUAAAAUUUGUGUAUUUAAUAUUUUGUAUGUGAUUGUUAAUUUGAUUAUCACAGUUUUUGCUUGGAUAAUGUGACAAUGUACAUAUUUUAUUUUAUUAAAUAAGUCAAAAAGCAUAAGGUCUCCAUUCAGAUAUGUUUUUCAAUGAGCCUGCAACAUUUUGUUGUGGAAGCGACAUAAUUCCGUCAGCAUGGUUAACUUUUAUGUUAAUUCUGUAAUUUUUUGUUUUUUUUCUGAAUUUUACUGAAAAAUGGUCUUUGGCAGCCAACAUUACACUUUGAUAGUGACAUACUCAUAUAAGACACAAGGUUCUAAGGAACCCUUUACAAUUUUUUCUUUUCAUGCUGAAAAAUUAGACUUGAAUAUUUGAAUUCAUGGAGAACAUGUGUGAUGAUGUGACUGGCUUUCUCAGGUAUUGUGGAGAAUAGAUUGACAUAUUCCUUUUAUAAACUUCAACAGUAAUUAUUAAGUUAAAUUAAUUUUUUGAGACCAGUGUAUAUGUUCAGUCUAACACUUCUAAACAGAAAUAACUAUAAAUGCGUGAUUGCACUCUCUCUAUAAUUAUAAAGAAUUUUUUUUUACUGUUAUAUCAGUAUUUCUAUGGACUUGCUAUUAUUUUCAUAAUUACUAUGUAUUUUAUGUUUUAUUUUAUUGUAUCAUAUAUUCAGAUCUGAGACAUGUAUAAAAUCAUUAGAAGCUACAA